AUGGUGGUCCCUUCGAGCGUUGGAGGCACGCCUACCGUACCGCCCAUGAUGGCCGGCCCACGACCGUCGCCUGUCGCUGCAUCAUCCACACCAUCGAUUGCCAUGCUACUUGCAGGGGCGAAACCACUCAAACCAGAGAAGAUCACUGCUCCUGGUACGCUGAACGGUCCGCCAUCAGGAAACAACCAUGCGAUACCUCUUAGUGCGAGGCGGGCGGAGCCGAUGGAUAUCAAUACUGUCGAGCGCAAAGGCCAGCGACCACGAAGUCCCGAGCGAACAACACCGCGCGUGCUGAACAUCCCGCAAGCGCCGACCUUCAGACCGACCGAGGAGGAGUUUCGAGAUCCUAUGGAGUACAUGCGGAAGAUCGCACCCGAAGGCAGCAAGUACGGCAUCGUGAAGGUCGUGCCGCCCGACAGCUGGAACCCAGACUUUGCCAUCAACACAGAGCGUUUCCAUUUCCGCACCCGACGUCAAGAGCUGAACUCGGUCGAAGGCGGCAACCGUGUCAACAACGACUAUCUCGACCAGCUGGCCAAAUUCCACAAGCAGAACGGCCAUAACCUGAACCGUUUUCCCAGUGUUGACAAACGACCACUCGAUCUUUAUCGCCUGAAGAAGACAGUUGAACGCAAGGGAGGUUUCGAACAAGUCUGCAAAGGUAAGAGAUGGGCAGAGGUUGGACGAGAUCUGGGUUACAGCGGUAAAAUCAUGUCGUCUCUGUCGACGUCUCUUAAGAACAGUUAUCAGAAGUGGCUGUUACCAUACGAGGAGUAUCUCAGAGUCGCAAAGCCAGGCGUCCAUCAACAGUUGGAGAUGAUGAACGGCGGCCCAUACACACCCUCACCAGGUCCUUCGCCGGCCAAGAAACAACCAGGAGCGUCACCAGAACUUCAUGCGCCGGCGUUGCACGCAUCUGCUGCUCUCCACGCCUCAGUCAAUGGUCACAGCCCACAGCCGCCACCUCACCAACAGCAAGCCACACCGCAGCAGACGCCGAUACAACAGCAGACACCGUUUCCGCAGCCACCGCCUCCACCUGCCAGCACCGGUGGUUUCACCCCAGUCAACGCUGGAGGCUUCACACCUGUUAAUGCACCCGUGCCAACACCAUCCUUUACUUCAGUCAACAGUGCCAAUGGCUACAACCAGUCGAAUAGUGCCACACCUCAACGCUCGCUCGAUUCCACCCCAGUGCAUGCCAACCAACAGGCGAUCGCGCCUCACCCAAAUGGCGUGGCAGCAUUGAAGCGACAACACAGCGAGCUGACGCCUGAGGAAGUAGAUAUGAUGAACAGGAGGAGUAAGCGCCUGCGCAAGGACGUACCAACUGUUGCGGGCAGCAACAUGCAUCACUCGCGCAUGUCUGCAGCACGUAUCGAGCAGCUCCGAGAGCGAGGCAACUACAAGCCAGGAGAGAUAUGCGAGUCGUGUGGCAAGCUGGACGAGCCACACAAGCGAUUGCGGUGUGAGGGCUGCGACUGCGCCUACCACAUGUACUGUUUGGAGCCCCCACUCAAGCAGCCUCCGGAUUAUGAGUGGCAUUGUCCUCGAUGCCUCGUUGGCACGAAUGAGUUUGGCUUCGAAGAGGGUGAUGUAUACUCGUUGGCAGGCUUCCAGCGCAAGGCCACCGAGUUCAAGCAUCAUCACUUCAACACCAUGCCUCGCCAGUUCAGUCCGUUCACAGAGAGCAAGCGUCACCUUGAAGAAGACGACGUGGAGCGAGAGUUCUGGCGGCUCGUUGAAGAUCUUUCAGAUUCGACGGAGGUAGAAUACGGCGCUGACAUCCACUCCACCACACACGGUAGCGGCUUCCCAACCAUUGAGAAGCAUCCUCGCGAUCCGUACUCGACAGAUCCGUGGAAUCUGAACAUCCUGCCGCUAGACAAGGAGUCGCUCUUCCGCCACAUCAAGUCUGAUGUCUCGGGCAUGACUGUGCCUUGGCUUUAUGUUGGCAUGAUCUUCUCCACAUUCUGCUGGCACAAUGAAGACCACUACACAUAUUCUGCCAACUACCAGCACUUUGGAGAGACCAAGACGUGGUACGGCAUACCAGGCGAGGACUCCUACAAAUUCGAGCAAGCAUUGAAAGACGACAUGCCAGAGCUGUUCGAGACUCAGCCAGACCUGCUAUUUCAGCUCGUCACCCUCGCCAAGCCGGAGAAGCUGCGCAAAGCUGGAGUUCACGUCUAUGCGACAGAUCAGCACGCGGGACAAUUCGUGAUCACAUUCCCCCGAGCGUACCAUGCGGGUUUCAAUCAUGGCUUCAACUUCAACGAGGCAGUCAACUUCGCGCCAAGCGACUGGGAACCCUUCGGCGAGGAGGGUGUCAAGCGGCUCAGAGACUACAGGAAACAGCCCUGUUUCUCCCACGAUGAGCUCUUGUUAACAGCCGCCACGCGCGACCACACCAUUCGGACAGGCAAGUGGCUCGCGCCAGCCCUAGAGCGUAUGCUUGAGGAUGAGCUUUCCGCACGCCAGCAUUUCUUCGUAGGUCCUACUCCAGAAGGCGGUGCCGCAUCAGAAGAGCCAUACACUGGACCUCGCUACGCACCAGCACCAGAAAUCAUCGAUCCAACGACAGAAGAAGACGAGGUGAUUUGCACAUUCUGCAAAGCCUACUGCUACCUGUCGAGGUACCAAUGUCAGAAGACUAUGAAGUGGGUGUGCUUACUGCACGCCGGCCAAUUCGAGUGCUGCGAUGCACUAGAAUCCGAACGAUACUCUGGACAAGCUGGAGAGCACAUCGUGUCCGUUCGCAUGACCGAUGAUCAGCUCAAGAAGACUGUUGGCAAAGUCGUUGACAAGGCCAACAUCCCGGAGACGUGGGCUGCAAAAGUAGAUGCUGAGCUUGACGAAAAUCCUCGCCCAUCGUUAAAGCAUCUGCGCACACUAAUGACAGAAGGCGAGAAGAUUCAAUACGAUCUACCGCAACUUCCGGAUUUGCGACGCUUCGUGGAGCGGUGCAAUGAGUGGGUCGAGGAGGCCACUAACUACAUCACCCGCAAGCAGACCAACCGGCGCAAGAACGAGAAGGCGUGGCGUAAAGGAACGAAAGCUGCCGAACUCGAAGAACGUGACAAGGAGUUCCGUAAGGUGUCGAACAUCAAGAAUCUUCUCGAGUCUGCUGACAAGAUUGGGUUCGACUGCGCCGAGAUCACGAUACUCCGUGAUCGCGCCGACAGCAUUGAGGCGUUCCAGAAGGAUGCAAACGCCGCAUUGCACAACAUUCACGCCAGAACGACAGCCGACUUCGAGGAACUUGCGGAGCGCGGGCGUGAGUUCCAUGUGGACAUCCCUGAGAUCGACAAUCUCGACAGAGUUCUGAAGAGACUACGCUGGAAUGACGAAGCCAAGGCCAAGCGUCCAAAUCUCGAAAGUGGAAAGCAAGAGCAGACCUUGUCUGAGAUUGAGAAGUUCAUCCAGUCUGGUGUCGACAUUGGCGUUCCUGACACAAACCCUGACAUUGCAUUCUUCCGGGAGCACAAAGCGCAGGGUGAGCUGUGGGAGCAAAAGGCGAAAGAGUUGAUGGCUGUAGAGCAAGUUCACUAUCAGCAGCUGGAUGCAAUUUCACGACAGGCGACGAGUUUGCCGGUCACCCCCGAAACCCUCGCUCAAGUCGAUGCGAUCCUCAAGAAGCAGCGCGAGAUACAGGAUAAGAUUCUGUCACUGUUCGAGAGAAGCAAAGACCCAGAGUUCCGCAACCGACCACACUAUCGAGAGGUGAAGGAUGUCAUGGACGCCCUAGACGAGCUACAAAGCAAGCCCAAUGGAACAAUCGAUCUAGAGAAAGAGAUGAAGCGACACGAAGAUUGGAUGAGGCGAGGAAAGAAGCUCUUUGGCAAGGCCAACGCCCCUCUCCACAUCUUGCAUCAACACAUGCAGACCGUCGAUAACAGGAACCAGGCUUGUUUUGACCUGACUGACAAACCUCGAGGUCCAAUUGAGCCCUCUAGUAGAGCAGCAACACCGGAAGACGGCGCUGAGCCGCCACCGGAAGGAAGCAAUUCUAGCAGAGAUGUCUUCUGCAUUUGCCGAAAGUCCGAAGCUGGCAUGAUGAUAGAGUGCGAGUUGUGUCACGAGUGGUAUCAUGGCAAAUGCUUGAAGAUCGCGCGUGGCAAGGUGAAGGAGGAUGAUAAGUACACCUGCCCGAUCUGCGACUGGCGUGUCAAGAUUCCACGCGACGCUGCUCGCCCCAAGCUUGAGGAGCUGCAGUCUUGGCAGGACGAGCUUGAGACUCUUCCUUUCCAGCCAGAAGAAGAGAAGACGUUGGCCAGCAUGUGCGAUUAUGGACAAGCUUUCCGCGACUUCGUCAGGACGUACCUCGAUCCUGUUAUGCCGCCCACCACCGACGACCUUCCUUACCUGCGCUUCUACUUGCGCAAGGUUGAAGGAGCGGACAUUUUGCUGGCGCCCGAGACAAACUACUUCCGGCAGACACUUCAUCGUUUAGCGCAGGUCACACCAAGUGCACCACCACUCGUCCAGGAGUCAGGCUCAACGCGGAAGCCGCGUCCAACCAAGCAACAGAAGCUUAUGGCACAACUUGGAAUCACGAACCCAGAUGAUCUGCCACAACAGUACAAGAUCAAGCCUCACGUUGCGAAGCGCAAGAUGUCUGAGGUCAUGGGCCCAGGUGGACCUAUGCCCUUGAAGCCAGCAGGCCACGAAAGUGCAUCGCCGGUUGGGUCUGUCACACCUGGCUUCCCGCCGUCUUCGGCUGGAUCGGCUCAGCCUUUCCCAUCUGGCAUCACUCCUGUGACUCAACCACAAGAACCGAUAAGAAAGAAGCACUUGACAGCUUUGGCCGUCCAAGUCCUCGGUAAAUUGGCUCGUUUCGAUGUGGUAGAUGACUUCCUGGCUGCCGAGCCACACGCAAAUCGCGACAGGCUGCUCAAGAUGAAGGCACUCUUAGAGCUGAUUGAGAUGGGUCAAGAGGAUAGGAGCCUCCUGACUGAUCUUGAGGCAUUCAAGACAAAGGUCAAUGCACUGCCAACGCCGGCCUCGCACACUCCUGGUCUUGGCUAUGAGACGCCCCAAGAGCGCAUGAACAUGGUCUCCUCUGCCUUUGGUCAAUCGCCAAUGUUCUCGACUUCCAACGGCGAAGGGUCUUCUACAUCGGCACCCCAGCAACCUCGACUUGGCUCUCCAGCAAACUUCACUGGCUACGCUCCGCCAGGCACUUCACCACCUCCUCCGCACUUUGGUAAUCACAUCUUCGACUCUGGCCCUGACAACAUGUUUGGCUCGCCAGCAACGUCAGGCGUGGAGGAGAAAUCAAAGGGCAGUGGCGUGACAAGUCCUCUGAUGUCGGGUGCGAUACCAUCUGGCAUGCCUUCGGGUAUGUUUGACUCGCCGAAGCAACCGACAAUCAGCAAUCCACCAGAUCAAAGCUUCACGACAACAGCGGGGAUCAACAGUCCUGGUUUUGGGGGCAGUCAGCACAGCGUUGGUGCUAACAUCGAAAGCGUCUUUGCGGACCUCGUUCAUGAUCAAGACGACGGCCUGCCCACCUUGGACGGCGCGAACGACAAGGGUUCCAUGCCGGCUGAACCUGAAGCCAACGUACCCGCAACUGGCUUCGACAGCUCUACCUUGGAACUCCCCCACAGCGAGGCUGAGGUCAAGAAAGGUGUCGAUAUGAGUAAUGCUGGAUCUGAACCAUCGACACAACCUCCACCAGCAGCGUCAGUGCAGACCACUGAGCAACCAGUGCGGACUUAG